AUGUCCGCAAAGCAUUUCAUUGACGACCCGACUCACCUUGUCCAGACUUCUCUGCACAGUUUAACUCUCACAAACCCGUCGGUCGCCUUUGACUCGCAAAACCGAAUCGUAUAUCGUCGACCAACAAAGGAAUUGACAGAGAAUCCAAAGGUGUCCAUUAUUACCGGUGGAGGCUCUGGCCAUGAACCGGCAUUUGCAGGCUUCGUGGGCAAGGGUUUCGUAACCGCUGCUGUCGCAGGCACCAUUUUCGCGAGUCCCUCCGCCGAGCAAGUUCGCCGUGCUGCUCUUACAAGAGUCCCUACAGAAAAAGGAGUUGCCAUUGUGACUUUCAACUACACCGGAGAUGUCUUGAACUUUGGCAUGGCUGCCGAGAAGGCUAAGGCCGCCGGAGUGGACACCGAAUUCUUUGCAAUCGGCGACGAUGUCGGCGUUGGCCGGGCAAAAGGAGGCAAGGUCGGCAGGAGAGGCAUUGGUGGCUCUAUUUUGGUUCUCAAGAUCAUAGGAGCUCUGGCUGAAGCCGGUGGAAGUCUGAAGGAAGUUUACAACCUUACUAAACAAGUUGCCGGAAACCUUGUGUCUGUGGGAGCGUCAAUGGAACAUGUCCACGUUCCGGGACGGGAGAAACCAGACCCAAACUCUGACGAAAUCAUACCGACGGAGGAGAUUGAAAUCGGUAUGGGCAUUCACAACGAGCCGGGUAGUCAUCGUGUCUCCGCAACACUCCCUGAACUGAUCAAGACCAUGCUGGCGCAGAUGCUAGAUCCCAAUGACAAGGACAGACACUAUGUCGACAUUACCAAGAACGAUAAGACUGUCCUGCUAAUAAACAACCUAGGCGGUGUCAGCAACUUGGAGAUAGGAGGCAUCUUAGCUGAGGUCCACAAACAACUCAAGGAAGACUGGGGCAUUGUUCCUGCCCGCGUCAUCGCCGGUACCUUCAUUACCUCGCUUAACGGCUUGGGCUUCUCGGUGUCCAUACUGAAGCUGGAGGACACCGGUCUUGGACCAGGCAAGUCAAUGCUCGAACUUCUCGACGCUCCAGCGGAGGCUUUCGGAUGGGCUGCCGCGACUCGGACGUCGACUUGGGAAGCCGACAACACGGCAACUAUGGAGGGCCACGCAGGCGCCACAGCGGAAGGCAUAUCGUCCAAUCUGAAACUCGACCCCAACCAAGCACACGCGAUCCUCAAGGCCGGUCUGGACAAGAUGAUUGCCGCAGAAGCAGAAGUUACAAAGUACGACACGAUCAUCGGAGAUGGCGACUGCGGAAUCGGUCUCAAGCGAGGAGCAGAAGCCGUUCUCAAGGAGCUCUCAUCCGGCGACCUGCCUGGCGACGCCGUCGCUUUUGUCAAUAAAAUCACUCCUGUGGUUGAAAACACCAUGGACGGAACGUCCGGUGCUAUCUACGCCAUCUUCCUCAAUGCCUUGGCCCACGGUCUUCGAGAACAAGACUCCGGGUCUUCGACGACCGUGGACGCCAAAGUUUGGGCCGCGGCCCUCAAGUCCAGUCUCCAAGCGCUGGGCAAAUACACGCCCGCAGUGCCUGGUGACAGGACGCUGAUGGAUGCGCUUGUGCCAUUUGUCGACACGCUGAGCAGCACAGGGGAUGUAAACAAGGCGGCUGAAGCAGCCAAAGAAGGAGCGGAGAAGACUAAAAGCAUGAAAGCCAGUUUAGGAAGAGCUGUGUACGUCGGUGCAGAGGAUGAGUGGAUGGGCAAGAUCCCGGAUCCGGGCGCCUGGGGUCUGCAAGAGUUUUUGAUCGGGCUGGCCGGUGCCUGUUAG